UCAGCUGCUGCCAAUAAAAUGGUGUACGAAACUUCCUACGAGAGCGGCCGCAGGCCAUUCAAGCCAGAUCCGAAUCGUGGAAAAUGGGAAAAGCCAACGGAUUUCAUUUACGCCUGCUUCGGUCUGGCGCUCAAAUUGGAUCUAUUUGUUAUUUCGUAUUGGUUCUAUUUCGACAUGGGCUUGUUUGGCAUGUUACCCUACUACAUCUAUAUGGCUCUCUAUCUGGUGCCCAUUAUGGUCAUACAUUCGUUUAUGGGUCAAUUCUCUAGCAGCGGCUUCAUCUCCUCCUUUCGAGUCUCGCCCUUUUUCAAAGGAAUGGGUUAUAUGAGUUUGAUACUAAGUUUGGCGAGUCUUUUGUACUAUGGCAUCUUUGCUAUAGUGCCCUUGAUAUUCAUAGUGCACUCCCUGCGGCCUGCUUUGCCUUGGAGCUGUGAGAACUUUGUGCCCGACAAAAAUGUAACAACUGUUUGUAACAUGUCGGAAAAAGCUGUGGAGACACUUCUGUCUUCGGAUUAUGACAAUUACAAUGAAUCAUAUUCAUUUACUUUGAUACAUGUGCCAUCCACGAUAUUCUUUCAAAAUCACUAUGAGGGAUCCCGUGAUACUGAAUCCUAUCAUAUGUCCCAAAAUACUAGUUUGUCCUGGCACAUCGUGGGCUACUCAAUUGCCGUUUGGGCCAUAAUAACAUUCAUAUUCUACAAGUUUUCCGAAACUGCUAAGUUUGGUAAAUUGAUUCGGUAUAUGGUGAUCUUCACUUUGGUCUUGCUGCUGAUAUGUAUGACACGAUUCCUCUUUCUACCGGGCGCCUUGGAUGGUAUUGUUCACUAUAUGAAACCGCAUUUCGAACAUAUGUUCGAGGGAGGCCUCUGCAUGUCAGUUGUAGUACUGCAAGCCUUCGGAUCAGGCUGGGGCACUAUCAUAGCUUUAUCUAGCUAUAAUAAUUUCAAGACCAACAUCAUGAACUACAGCUGGAUCAUUGCCUUUGGCCAGACACUCGUAUAUAUACUGUUUGGCAUGGUCACCUUUAUGCUAAAACAUUAUUUCGAAAGUGAGUAGACUAUUAUUAUUAAG